AUGGUACCUUGGGUAUCUCCGCCCCAAACGCGAAGGGAAAGCGGGACCCAUGCUGGCCUGGCACAAUGGGAAGCAAACGAUAUCGCAGGUAAAACAAUCGGAGCGUUGUACGGCCGGAGACUCUCCCUGGAAAAAAUACUUCAGUUUUUCUUGACUGCAUUUCGCUUCCCACUGUGCGCUGUGCGAGUCCACGUUGGCUGCCGUGAACGAGCGGCACAAUCAUACAACGCUCUCAACACACUGGCUCGCUCCCAGCGCGGCAACGAGCGAGAUCGAGAGAUUACGGAAAGUCAUCCAUCUUAUGAUCCACCUCCUACCAACGCACACAUUGAAUUCCAUUUCAGAACGAGGAAGGAAAGAAAAAACUACAUGUACACGCUCCGUCAACAAGCAGAAUCCGCCAUGACACCAGGACAGAAUCGAAAUAUUGGGUGGGAGCAAGUCGUUGCGCGAAAUUCCUCAAGACGCAAAUAUACAAUGACAAGGACGACGAAUACGACUCAUGCGUUUAGCAUUUGCAUUGACCCGGGGCGCAGUGGCAGCUGCAGAUCACAAAGACAGAAGGUGCUCAUGAGUCUCGAGAGGCUUUAUAGGUCAAACACAUGGAUAACGUACUGUUCCCCGCAGUGGCACUGGGGCUCGCCGCAGUGGGUGUUAACUGGGACUUCGGUGAUCUGGUUAUGCCGGACGCUGCAUGAGUACCAAGCAAGAGGCAGGGAAACAUUGGCGACAUCACCGUGGAAUACGUACAGUCUGCAUUAUGAAGUUCGAAUGUGGAUGUGUGCGACAGAGCUAGAGCUUUUCCGCUGGAGAAAGGGGAAGUGGGCCAGCUGGGAGAGGUAUUUAUGCACCUCUGCGUCCAUUUCUGGCUGCUUAGGCAUAUGA